AUGAAGUUCUCCGUUGUCCUCCUCGCCGCCGCUGCCACCAGCGUUGUCGGCCAGAGCGCCACCAACUCUAGCAGCCGCUCGACCACCGCCGUCGCCUCGUCCACCAGCGCCCGGUCUUCCGCCUCCGGCUCCGCCACCUCCCGAUCCGCCUCCGGCUCCGCCACUACCACCGCCAGGAGCUCCUCAGUCAGCAAGGCCGGUGCCGCCCCGACCAAUGCCGCUCGCGCCGGUGCCGGUGUCGCCGCCGUUGCCGUCGGUGUCGCCGCCAUGAUGGUCUAA